AUGACCAGUGUGUUUGAAUCCGAUGAAAUCCUCGCAUACUUGCUCAGAGGAGUCGGCUGGGGCUGUUGGCCCAAAGAAAGUUCUCCCGGAAUUGCGGCCCUUCACCGUCGUAACGGUAGUUCUAGUGCUGUUGGUUGCCGCAAGUUGGUUUUGUCAAAUGGCUUCGCCUUGUACAUCGUGGGCAGUCGCAGCUGCAGGAAGACCCUUCACCUCGCGACGACGCGACGUUGUUUCUGUAGACAGAAGACCUCGCGCGAAUUCGGACUCGUUGUUUCCGCACUCAAGCACACUCGUCAUCAUUAUCCGCGUUCCUUGUAUCUUGCGGAUUUUGGGUCUUUUGCUGGCUGCUGUGCCGACUUCCGGGUCGCCUUGAUCUCGUCCACCGACAGAGGAUUCGAAGUUCCGUGCUUCAAAACUCUGGAAAUAAGUAAAUUUUCCUAUUAUCUUUUGCGCUGUCAGAGGUAUUAAUG